CCACCGUUUUCCUCUCCUCCAACCACACAGUGCGUAAGCUCUUCUCCAAUGGCUUCCUUAUCCUUCGUCUCCUCCUCCUCUCACCUUAACCUGCGCACCCCCUCCCUUUCCCAGCGCACCUCUUCUUCCUCCAGAACCUACGUCCCCUUCUCCGUCAGAGCCCAAUCCGUCGCUCUCACGCAGGACGACCUCAAGAAGCUCGCCGCCGAGAAGGCCGUUGAGUCCAUCAAAUCCGGCAUGGUCCUCGGCCUCGGUACCGGCUCCACCGCUGCCUUCGCCGUCGACCGGAUCGGUGAGCUCCUCAACUCCGGUGAACUCUCCGACAUCGUCGGAAUCCCGACGUCGAAACGCACGGAGGAGCAGGCUCGGUCGUUGGGCAUCCCGCUCGUGGCCUUAGACACGCAUCCUCGGAUCGAUCUCGCCAUCGAUGGGGCCGACGAGGUGGAUCCGAACCUGGAUCUGGUCAAGGGCCGAGGAGGCGCGCUUCUCCGGGAGAAGAUGGUGGAGGCUGCGGCGGAGAAGUUCAUCGUUGUGGCGGACGAGACGAAGCUCGUGGACGGGCUCGGCGGAAGCGGUUUGGCGAUGCCGGUGGAGGUGGUUCAGUUUUGCUGGAACUACAAUCUGAUACGAUUGCGAGAAAUGUUCAAGGAAUAUGGAUGCGAAGCGACGCUGAGGGUGGAUGGAGAGGGGAAACCCUACGUGACGGACAACAGCAAUUACAUUGUGGAUUUGUAUUUCAAGGAUCCAUUGAAGGACGGAUUCGCGGCGGCGAAGGAGAUCGAGAAGCUUCAGGGAGUGGUGGAGCAUGGCCUGUUUCUGGGCAUGGCGACGUCGGUCAUCAUCGCCGGUAAGAACGGCGUUGAAGUGAAGAACAAGUGAAGAUGAUGAACGGAAUCUCUCUCUCUCUCUUCUUCUUCUUCUUCUUCAAUGACAAUUUUCCUUCUGUAUAUUGAUUGAUGAUGCCGAUGAAAUCGGAGAAUCUGUAAGAUUUUGAGAAUAAACUUGAAACUUUCUUCAAAUGCCGAUCCGAAUUCUUCAUC